AACUUUCUUGGUCUCAUUUCUGCUGCUAUACAGAUAGAAAAGGGCCGCGUCUCGAAACAUAUUGAGCUGCCUGCUUCAUUAUAGACGCGUUCGGCGUCAGUGCAGCUCAUGCAAGUGGCUCGCAAGGCGCCCGUGACGCUGUCUAGAUAGGCAGCAUGCUAGAAUUUGAGCCACAGCCCGAGAGUUAGUGGGUGGACGCGUGGAGGGUGUGUUUGCCUGUGUAGGGGUUGGACUUUGCAGAGGUCAGGCUCUGUGUAGUCGGGCACCAGUCUCUCUCGACGUCAUUCGCUUUUCGAAUGUGAUUGUGUCGGUCAUAGUGACGGACUCCGGGCUCGCGGAUAGUCUGCUGUCCUUUUCUCUCUCCACAAACUCGCUGCCGAGCUUCCUCAUCAGCUUCGAGAGUUUUAUUGGUACCGGCUGUAAAUAAUAAAACAAAGAUCCAUCCCGAUGCUUCAGUUUAUUCCUCCGCUUGAAGUAGACGAGCAGAUAUAUGUUGGGUAAAGGCGCAAAGCGGAAACUAGAUGAGGAUGAAGAGGGCCUGGAAGGCAAAGCGCUGGCGGCAGGGGCCGGAGCGAUGGCCGAAGGGCUCUCGAAGGUCUCCUACACCCUGCAGAGGCAGACCAUCUUCAACAUGUCUCUGGUGAAGCUGUACAACCACCGGGCCCUGACUGAGCCCAGCUUGGAAAAGCGUGUACUCAUCAACAACAUGUUGAGGCGCAUCCAGGACGAACUGAAACAGGAGGGCAACCUGCGGCCGCUCUUCUUCCCCCCUUCCCCUCCACCCGACGACCCCGUGGAUGAAGGUUUCCGUGAGGUGCAACCUGCUUUCAGUGUGUUGUCCAUGGUAGCUCCGCCGCUGUCUCAGUCGCCAGCACACUCCUCUCCGGUCCUUACAUCUCCAUCAUCAGGGCUGUCAAACCCAGCACCUUUGGAGGCCUGUCUCACCCCAGCUUCACUUUUAGAGGAGGACAGUGUCACGCUUUGCACAUCACCCUCUCCACUCGCUCCUCCUUUUCCGCCAACUCUUCCCAGACUCCUUUCAUCUGUGGCCAGAGACAGCUUCUCUUCUGCCCUGGAUGAGAUUGAGGAGCUCUGUCCUUCACCCUUACCUAUAACUACAUCAGCGCCUGGUGCUACCUCCCCCUCAUCCCUUACAGUGCCCCUCCAAAUGCCGAUGUGUCCCCCCAGCUUAAACUCAGGGGCCUUGGACUCCAAAGACUGCAGUAAGCCCUGCAGCCCAAAGCUUGAAGGGCUGGUCCCUAACACACCAGAUACUCUCCCUCCUAACAGCCUGGACAUGAGCACCUCACCCUCUGCCUCGUCCUCAGGAUUUUUGACAGAUCUGGCCCUAGACGACAUCCUGUUUGCAGACAUUGACACUUCCAUGUAUGACUUUGACCCCUGCACCUCGUCCUCGGGUGUGGCCCCAUCGAAACUGGCGCCCAUGGUGACAGCGGACGAGCUCCUCAAGACUCUUUCACCCUACAGCGCUGCCGCUCCUGCUGUUGGCUCGAACCAGCCUUUCAAAAUGGAUCUCACCGAACUGGACCAUAUUAUGGAGGUGCUUGUAGGAUCAUGACCAGGUUUGGAAGGGAACUGGGGAAAAAAUGCAAAACCAAUUAAAGAGUUUUUACACAUGAACUGAGAAAGAAACUGAAGAAUUACAUUGUGAGUGUUUGUGGGCUUUUUGUACAGUUUUGUGUUUGUUUUGUUUUUAAAAACAAAGUAAAUUGUCCAUUUUAAUGGUGAUGUUGCCCAGUACUACUUCUCAACACUGUGCAUGCACUAUGCUUGCCUUUCCCAAAAUAGAACAUGAAGAAAUCUUAUGGAACAUACUUUGGCUUCUGGCAGAUCUGAGUGCCUUCAUCAUUUAUGACCACUUGGUAAAUUCCUGUUUGUUUGUCUUGUCUCAUUUUUCUCAUCACCAUUUCUAAUCGAACAAGAUGGAUUAUCAGAGGAGUAGCAUCUCUCUUUCCCCUUCUCAGUAUACAGGUGCAAGAACGUGCAACGGCAGCCUAUUUUCAAUUUUUUCUCUCAUUUUCACAAAGCACAAUUAUUUUAAGAGAGCAACUUGGUUAUUUUAUGUUAAUGUUAUUUUUUUCUAUUCAGAGCUGUUUUAUUGCUUUUUAGUAAUAUUUAAAGUAUUCUGUUAAAAUGUGGUAAUUUAUUCUUUUUUGUCUGCUUUCAUUUUAACAUGCAUUAAAGGGAUAGUCCACCAUUUACUCACCAUCAUGUCCUUCCAGACCUGUAUAAGUUUCUUUCUUCUGUAGAAAAUAAGAUAUUUAAAAAAAAAAAAAUUGUCCAUAAUGACAGUCAAUGGGGUUCAGUGUUGUUUUGCACCCUUUUUAACUGUCUUUAAAAUAGCUUUUCAUGUAGAAGAAGUAAAGUCAUACAGGUUUGGAAAAACAUGGUGAGUAAAUGAUGAUAGGAUAUUAAUUUCGGGUGAACUACCCCUUUAAGCUUCAUUCAGUAAAACAUAUACAUUUAUGAAAUAUACACAUUUAUGGAAUAUGCUUUACUGCAUUAUUUUAUACAUGGAUGUGUGUAGUGGUCAGAUAUUUACAGUCACCCUAACAGAUUUCUUGUGAUCUGCCAUACUGGCUCAGAUUCCAUGUGUUUACAUCUCAGCUGGCAAUAAGUAAACAUUUAUUCUGAUGCACAUUGUUUUACAGAUACAUUUCUUUGAUAAAGCCAAUGCUAAAACCCUUUAUGCUACAAAUAACAUAUGCAAUCAAUGCUUUUCUGAUCAGUAAUAAGCAAACUGUCCAC